GCAGAGCAGUGGGCGCCAUGGCCGACCGGAUCAGCACUGGGGAGCUAGGCCGCAGGCCAGCGCAGGGCAGAGUAGACCUUUUGCUAGUUGGAGAUGCCACAAGAUACUUCCUGGCUGGCUCUGUGCAGAAGUUCUUUUCCAGCACAGCACAGAUCACCCUGACCAUUAGCAACGUGAAGAAAGUAGCCACGCUUUUGGCUGCUAACUCGUUUGACAUAAUUUUCUUGAAGGUGACUUCCACCCUAACUGCGGAGGAGCAGGAAGCCGUCAAAUUAAUUAGAUCUGGCAAGAAGAAAAACACACAUUUGCUGUUUGCUUUUGUAUUUCCUGAAAAAUUUAGAGGCCAUCUUUCAGAAUAUGGAGCUGAUAUUAGUUUCAGUGAGCCGCUGACCUUGGAAAAAGUGAACACUGUGGUAAACUACUGGAAAACAUAUUUCACAAAUACGGAUAUGGAAAACACUGAGUUGCCUCCAGAAUGCAGACUGUACUUCCAGACUUCCUGCAGUGAACUCGGAGGACAUUUUUCUACAGAUGUGUUUUUUUGCUCUGAACUACUGAAAAAUGACAACAGACCUGGAUUAAAGGCCCCGUUGUCAAGUCCAGACAGAAACAAGAAGGCUUCCUCUCUUCUUCACUCAAGCAAAGAAAAGCUGAGACGAGAACGCAUCAAGUUUUGCUGCGAGCAGUUUCGCACUCUCCUGCCAUAUGACGAGGGAAGGAAGAACGAUGUGGCUUCAGUUAUUGAGGCCACAGUUGAUUAUGUAAAGCAGGUCCGGGAGUCUCUCUCUCCAGCCAUUAUGGCCCAGAUUACAGAAUCCAUUCAGAGCAAUAAAAGGUUUUCUAAGAGACAGACGCCCAUUGAGCUGUUCCUUCCAUGCACAGCCACAUCACAGAGGGAAGAUGCUGUGCUGACAAGUGCUUUCUCCCCUGUGCAAGAGAUCCAGCUCCUGGCUGAUCAGGGCUUGAAUGUGUAUUCCAUGCCUGCUGCAGGAGGACCUCUGAAGGAAGCUGUGAGAGGUCAGCCAGGCUCUGUCUCAGAGAGCCCUAAUGAGGAUCUUUUUAAGACUCGCGUCCCCAGCACGACCCUCUCUCUGAACUCCUUCCAUGCUGUCAGAUACCGUUCUGCACCCAUCUCUCCCCAUGAGGCAGCUGCCAGGACAAACCAGAACAUUUCCAUUUAUUUGCCACCCACUGCGCCCAGUGUGUCCAACUUUAUUCCUCAGCACUGCAAUGCCAUGCUUUGCCCAACACGCCCAUCCAGUCCCAGUUGUCUGUGCAUUCCCGGACGUGAGCUUCCAGCCAGUUCUCGCACUGCCUCAACCAGAAUCUUUCGUGGGUUCCAAGAGUCAGACUCAGACCACCAGGCUUCUCAGCAACCCGCUGGGCCAUCUCCACAGCCUCAAGACAGUAGUUACUUUUAAGAAAAAUUAAUAUUUGAAAAUAUGUAGGUUUAGUUGCCUGAUGACGCCAGUUAUCUUUAUUAACUUUGAUGAUACAGAAAUUCAUUUGUGACAUUGUAAGAAUGGGCUAGACUCAAUUAAUGUGCACUUUUCUCUCCCAACAGUCCGGGGCAUGUUAACAAUCCAUGUGUGGGGCUCAUAUUCUAGACCACAUGUUGGGCACAGUUGUCCAGUUGAGGAAGGAGGGACAAAGAAAGAUAUUUGAAAGCUGCUGAUCCUGUAGCCUGAUAAAUGUGCUAGAACCUUCCAAAGGUACAUAGAAGUAUGGUUGAUGGCAGUGAUAGCCUUGUGUUCUCAGGCAUCUUCAUCCAUGUUGGGAUUUCCCUGGCCAGAGAGCUGCAAGCAGCAGUAGCCUGAGUGACCCCCCCCACACACACACAUUCAUUCUACCAAAAAAUAAGUGUUCACUUUGUGGAAAUCAUACUACAAAGAAGACCCAUGUGAAUGUAAGCAUCUAAGGCCAGGAAGGCACAUUGAUCCUUCCAGGUCACCAAGCAUGGCUCCUGCAGUCUGGUGAUUGUUUCUGUCAUUAAUUUCUAUUGGUAUCUUUUCUAGAUUUGGCGUUUUAAAGAGCCCCCUCUUCAUUCAUCUUCCAAACUAAAAUAACCAGGGAAAUAUAGAGCAACACCCCUUUGUCCGGUUAGUGACUAUGGAUAAUUGAUAUGCUUUCAGUUGCAUUUUGCAGUCUUGUGAGUAGAAUGGCAGCCAGGAGGGGCAUUACUUUCCUUGCUGGACCCACACAUUUCUGCUUUGUCCUUUCCUUGUAUGGGGUAUUUGAGCAAUUGUUGGAAACAAGGAGAGAGAGAGGGAGAUGGUUGUUUUAUAUUUCACUGAGAUGUUCUUAUUGGUAAAGUGUCUAGGUUUACCCUGUAAUCUAUUGUUUUGUUUAAUAAAAUGUUUUCUAUUUUAAUAAUA